AUGCUCGGGGCGCCAACCUUGGCCGUUGGGCUCGGGGAGGUUCGCGCCCGAGGGCGGCGGAUCCCGUCGGCCCUCGAGAGGCGCUGCGGGGCGCUCGACGGGGCUGCGGCUGUCCUUCGCCAUCAGGGCGAGGCGGAGGCUUUCGUCGCCAGGCUUCGGCGCUGGCUGGCGGAUGGUGCCGUGCCCAGGGCGGGCCGGCAGGAAAAUGACUUCGAGGAAGUGCUCGGCAGCGACGGCAAGAUUGAGGAGGCUGUCCCCGAGCACCGCGUGGAGCUCGGCACGCAGGUGGAGACCGUCGAGCUGGAGCCCAGAAGGGCCGAGGGUCAGUUCGAACAGAAGUCCACAUUGAGGGAGCUGCUGGGCGAACGGGUGCUGGAACUGCACGCAGUCAGCGAAGAACGCAAGCAGCGCAUAGCGGACACGCGCAAGGAGAAGGAGCAGCUGGUGCAGCAGCUGAACCACGAGGAGCAGAAACACAACGAGUCCAAGGAGCGGAUCAAACAGGUGGAGCACGAGGCAAAAGCCCUCGCGAACAUGGUGGGCAAGCAGCGGAUGAAGUACGCGCAGCCUGAGAAGGCCAUGGACGAGCAGCACGAGAUCGCCUCGCUCGCGGAGGUCCCCGUCUUCCCCGCCCUGCACAUCGUCGGGGAGGUCCAGUCGCGCGACGUCGAGCGGCAGCAGCAGCGCGACGACGACGCCCAGGAGACCAACGGCCACCCGCUGAGCUCCACGGAGGGCCAGGGCAGGCAGCGGAGCGUCGACGAGGCUAAGGUGGACAUCUUGGACGACCAGUUGGGCUCCACGGGCGAGUGCACGCAGGGGGCCUUCGGCAACCUGCCGAGCAUCGUGAAGAACCAGGGCAGUCCCCAGCACGCCUACGCGAAUGAGAAGAGCAACGGCGAGGCGCUGUCGGUCCAGGCACGGCGGUGGGCCGCACAAACAAAUCCCGAGCGGCGCGAACAGGGCCUCGCGAGAAAGGAAAAGGAGCCAUAG